AUGGAUUUUGGGCAUGAGAAAGUUACAAUGAAUGUAGAAGAUCAGGAUAGACUAAGCAGCUUGCCAGAUGAUCUUAUCCAUAUGAUCCUCUCUUUCAUUAGACUCAAACAGGCUAUUAGAACGUGUGUUCUGUCAUCUAGAUGCAGGUCUAUCUGGAAGUCAAUGCCCUACCUCAAUUUCUCAAACGAUAUAACUUUGUUUCACAUGUUCUUAAUUUCUAACCGCAAUACUAAAAUGCAACUGUCUUCAGUCAAUCUCGGUCAUUGCAAAGCUGUUACCAAUGAGUCUGUCGAAAGAAUUCUUGACUACACAUUCUCUCACAAUAUCCAACAACUCACUAUUAUUACAGGCAGCUAUGAGAGGAGUUUUUACAUUCGAUAUGCUCUUUCUUCCUUUAAGGCAACACCAACUUCGUGCCUCCCAGCAUUAACGGCAUUGCAUCUUUAUUAUAUGAGACUCUCUGAUGAUAACAUCAGUACUGGUCUUUUAUCCAAAUGCCCCAACUUGAAGAAUCUCUCCUUAGGAGGUGACACAAUUACGGGAACAAAUGUUUUGAAUAUCUGUCAUCCCCGACUUUCUAAUCUCACACUUGAACAUAUAUGCGGGUGGAUGUUGGCGACUUUCAAUGUGGUUGUUCCUCAACUUAAGUAUCUCACUAUUAGAAAUGGCUUUGAGAGGCUUCUGAUGAUUUCUGCACCUGAGCUUACCUUCUUGGUGAUGAAAGAUUAUCGUCCUAUGCAGCUUUCUACAAAAGGUUUCCCAUCUUUGGAAAAGGUGGAUCUUUGUUUUUCCUACCUGCGCUUGGCACAUGCUAAUAAGUUAGUUUGUCUGCUUCAACAGCUUCACAAUGUCAAAUUUCUUACACUUAACUUGAAGAUUCUCGAGAUUCUUUCUUCAUCCAUGGAACCAAUCUCACAUCAACCUUCUCCAUUUGCUAACUUAAAGAUCUUAAAGCUUUUAACGAGUUACCCUAUAACGAAUCUGCAAGAUGGUUUUCCAAGUGCCAUCAUCACAAUGAUCUCACGUGAGGAGAUUAGAGCUAUGAGGAAUAUCACAACAACUUAUUCCAGAAUUACGGAUGCUACUAGAGAAGUGUAA